AUGGCUAUUCAAGGUCUCCUCCCAUCAUGGCGCCGCAGCCAGGGCUUAGACUACGAUGCGGUCGAAAGUGAUCCGUCCUCCCAUGCAGAACGACCAAGCCUUUCCGAGGUUAUGGCCUCGAAACGCUUUCGCUGGCUGGCCGGGAUUGUUCUCGGAACACUUUUGUUAGUCUUCGCCCUUGACAACUCUGUCCAGAUCUCAAGGUUGCGACACCCUACCUCGCCGACAUCCAAGACGUUGAGUCAAGUCAAGGGCGCGACGAGCUAUGCAGACGUAGACUGGUCCCGAUUCGCCUAUGUGCAGUAUGCCACCAACACACCAUAUCUCUGCAAUUCGGUUAUGGUGUUUGAGAGGUUGCAGCACCUGCAAAGUAAAGCUGAUCGCGUCUUGCUGUACCCCUCCGAGAUGCUGGCUCCCCUGGCGACAACCGGGAACACCAAAGAUGCUUCCCUGCUCAUUCAUGCGAGGGAUACUUAUGGCGUGAAACUGGUUCCCAUCACUGUCCAGCAUAGAAAAGGCUCAGAUCCUACAUGGGCUGAAUCUUUCACCAAGCUCCUAGCCUUCAACCAGACCCAGUAUGGUCGAGUUCUUUCUAUUGACUCUGAUUCCACACUGCUACAGAGUAUCGAUGAGUUGUUCCUCUCGCCGCCAGCUACAGUAGCUGUACCGCGGGCCUACUGGCUCUACCCAGAGAAGAAGAUAGUUGCUUCGCACAUCAUGCUCGUACAGCCCAGCGUUGCUGAGUUUGCCCGGAUUAGGGAAAGGGUAGACCAUGCCGGGAAAGAAGAGUAUGAUAUGGAAAUCAUCAACGACUUGUACAAAGACAGCGCCAUGAUUCUCCCUCACCGGCCCUAUGCUCUGUUGACUCGCUCUUUUGGCGGCGAUCAUCAAGACUACUAUCUCGGAAACGGCAACGAGGUUUGGGAUGCUGUGACUGUUUACAAUGAGGCUAAAUAUCUUCACUUCUCUGAUUGGCCUAUGCACAAGCCCUGGUUGAAAUCCUCUGAUAGUUUGGUCAAGGAGAGGCAGCCCGACUGUGUUGUGAAAGAUGGGAAAGAGGACUGUACUGCAAGAGAGUUAUGGCUUAGCUUCUACACGGAAUUUAGAGCGCGCAGAUCUCAAGUUUGCGGUAUCAACACCUAA